CAGGGCGAAUAAAGAGGUAUUCUCCAAUAGGAUCUUGGAUCUGCGUCGCGCGUGCUCCGAGGAGUGAGUCGAGGCUUUGGUUGGUCGGAGCUGGUGUCUUUGGGAAGAUGGCGGCGGCGACCGCAGCGGUGACACCGGGGCCCGGCUGCGCGAGUGCGGAUUUCUCCGACCUACGUCAGAUUAAGAAGCAGCUGCUAGACGUGGCGGAACGGAGCCGGGAACGUGGCCUGCAGCAUAGUGGGAAAUGGGCCUCAGAGCUGGCUUUUGCCCUGGACCCUCUGCCCUUCGGUGAGCUGCCUCCUGCACCUGCGCUCACAGAGGAAGAUGCUUGUGACUUGGAUGCUUACACCCUUGCUAAAUCUUACUUUGACCUGAAAGAAUAUGACAGGGCUGCUUACUUUCUCCGUGGCUGCAAGAGCCAGAAGGCCUACUUCCUGUAUAUGUACUCCAGAUACCUGUCAGGUGAAAAAAAGAAGGAUGAUGAGACAGUGGAUAGUCUGGGUCCAUUGGAGAAGGGGCAGGUGAAGAAUGAAGUUCUAAGAGAGCUACGGGUAGAGCUUAGCAAGCAACGCAAAGCUCGAGAGCUGGAUGGAUUUGGCCUUUAUCUGUAUGGAGUUGUAUUGCGAAAGCUGGACCUAGUGAAAGAGGCCAUUGAUGUGUUUGUUGAAGCUACCCAUGUUUUGCCAUUGCACUGGGGGGCCUGGUUGGAGCUGUGUAACUUGAUCACAGACAAAGAAAUGCUGAAGUUCCUGUCCUUGCCAGAUACCUGGAUGAAGGAGUUCUUCCUGGCUCACAUCUACACAGAGCUGCAGCUGAUAGAUGAGGCUUUGCAGAAGUACCAGAGUCUUAUUGAUGCAGGAUUUUCCAAGAGUACCUACAUUAUCUCUCAGAUUGCAGUGGCCUAUCACAAUAUCCGAGAUAUUGAUAAAGCUUUGUCCAUCUUCAAUGAACUAAGAAAACAGGAUCCUUACAGGAUAGAAAAUAUGGACACCUUCUCUAAUCUGCUGUAUGUCAGGAGUAUGAAACCUGAACUGAGCUAUUUGGCUCACAACCUAUGUGAGAUUGACAAGUACCGUGUUGAGACCUGCUGCGUGAUUGGGAACUACUAUAGUUUGCGUUCCCAGCAUGAGAAAGCAGCACUUUACUUCCAGAGAGCAUUGAAGCUGAAUCCUCGAUAUCUUGGAGCAUGGACCCUCAUGGGACAUGAAUAUAUGGAAAUGAAAAACACGUCAGCAGCUAUUCAAGCAUAUAGACAUGCCAUAGAAGUGAAUAAAAGAGACUACAGAGCAUGGUAUGGACUGGGGCAAACAUAUGAGAUCCUCAAGAUGCCAUUUUACUGUCUUUAUUACUAUCGACGAGCUCAUCAGCUCAGACCCAAUGAUUCCCGUAUGCUGGUAGCUCUUGGUGAAUGUUAUGAGAAAUUAAAUCAGCUAGUAGAAGCCAAAAAGUGUUAUUGGAGAGCAUAUGCUGUAGGAGAUGUGGAAAAAAUGGCACUGGUGAAACUUGCAAAGCUACAUGAACAGUUGAAUGAAUCGGAGCAAGCUGCUCAGAGCUAUAUCAAAUACAUCCAAGAUAUCUAUUCUUGUGGGGAGAUAGUGGAGCACCUGGAAGUAAGCACCGCCUUCCGCUACCUGGCUCAAUAUUAUUUCAAGUGUAAACUCUGGGAUGAAGCUUCAGCCUGUGCCCAGAAAUGCUGUGCAUUCAAUGAUACAAGAGAAGAAGGGAAGGCCCUCUUGCGGCAAAUCUUACAGUUACGAAAUCAAGGAGAGACAUCGUCUACAGAGAUUGCCACACCUUUCUUACUUCCUCCUUCCCUAUCUGCCAACAACACUCCAACACGCCGUGUGUCACCACUGAACUUGUCUAAUAUUACACCUUAAACGUACCUUUCCCUCUAGGCUGUCCCGAAGUGUAAGCGUAAUCCAGGUGGAGCUGGAUUUUCCCUUCUAAUUCUUGCCUCUCUAGUGAGAGUUCUAUAUACAGGAGUGCCUUCCUGGGACGUCUGAAUGCUGGUAACUCAUUGUUGAGGAUAACUAUUGUACUGUGCUAUCCAAAGCUUGUAGCUCCAGAGUGUAUAGUGAAUGGCUGAAUCCCUGCUAUUCUUUCUCAAUCCUCUCUUCUUACUGGCAUGACAUCUCAGUGUAAGAAGGGACUCUUUAAGGUUUUUCCCUCUCCACUGAAAUUCAUUGGAACUGCUUCUCUGUCUCAUUUCAUGACAUCCCUUUCCAAGACAUCGCAAUGACGUGCAGGUUACCAGUGUGUCAGCUAUGUAACAUAUUAGAAGGAGAAAUGGUGCCUCACUCUUAUUUGGAGAGAUGGAAAGAAUACCCUUCAGCUAUUGGGCCGUUACACUUUUUGUUUGUGAGCAUAGCAACUAUCUUAGAUUAGGUAGUUAGUAAAAGGAGCCAGUGCAAAUAGCACGGGGACUGUCAUUUGUUGUAGCACAUGUAAGGCAUGCAUGAAAAAGCUAGUAAUUCAUAUCCCACUGUUAAUUCCAUUUCUAAGCAGCAGCUGAUGCUGUUGUGAGGCCUGGUAACAGUGAAGUGAUGGGGCUACUGUAGGUGUUCAUCAAGCCAGAGUGCAGUCAUUGCUUUUGCAUUUAACUGACUAUAGGAAUAUUUCCCAUUAUUUUUUGAGAGGCAAAACACAACUCAUUUUUGUUGCUGUUGAACAAGACAGAACUGUUCAUUAAAAGCAACUCUGAUCAACUCUUUGAACUAGGAACUGCUGUGUUGUAAAAUAGUUUUGUAUCGGGGAUGCAGUUGCAAUGUUGGAUAUGAUCUUAGGACUUAAAUAAUGGUUUUGAUCAAUUCUCAGUGUGACAGAAUAAUAGAAAAAAUAGCAGGGGUUAAGAAUAACAAUAAUAUACCUUGCUUAAGCCAAUAAUGGGAGAAUUCAGGAUGCAGAACAAGUUGAAAAGGUAAUAUCAAACAAGCUUAAAUUCUUUUUUAUUAAAUUGUCUUUAUUAUAUAGCUCCUUGGUAUUUGUUUUAGUCAAACACAGAACUAUGGCUUCUUUUGUGCAGCUGAGCUAUUUGGGCUAUAGUUCUCACACAGUUACUGAUUUUUAUCUUUCUUGAAGAUGCUUUCAGGAAGGGUUUAAAACAAAGGUCCCCUGUUCUAUCAUCGCAACAAUCCUGUGAGAUAGGGUAGGCUAAGACUAAUUAAUGAUCAAUGAGCUGCAUAUUUGAGAAAGAUCUUUGUGGUCGAAGUCAACACUCAAGGCCAGUCCUACCAUUUGGCAGUGAGGGCGCUGAUUGUAGGUGUCAUGAAAGGACUGUAAAUAGUAAAUUUAUUUUAUUGUAUUUUACUCCCACAGAAAACACUGGUGGGUUUACCAGCUCAUUGGGUUACUGUAGCCAUGACUUGGCAGGAGAGUACCAUUUGCUGUUCUGUUUCAGACAGCAAAAUGUCUUGGGCAACCCUGUCAACCCUCUAACUUGGCUUUAUGUGCUAGGCUGACUUAUUGAAAGCCAAUUACAAUGGAAGCUAAAACAUAAGAAAAUUAAUGAGGUGAUCAUCAGUACUAUAUAUCUGUAAGAUUUUGAUGUAAAACUCAAUGUAAUUGUAAAUAUGGCUAUAUCCCAGUUUGUAUGAUGCUUGUAAUAUUUGUUUUAAGCAAAAACCAACCACCUUUUGAGAAUAAGGAUUCUGUCUCUGUUUAGAAUCUUGUGUAAGUUGCAAAAAUAGUAAACAAGGGGUUUUAGGUAAAUCAUAUAUGGUUGUAAUUAUUGGCCCUCCAGAACUGUGCCCCCUCCAAAGAGUUAACUCCUUAGCAUAAUUUGCUCUACUGCAUGCUCUGUUAUUAGUAUGGUUAACAGUCUACACCUUGUUUUGUAGAUUAAACAGAAAAAUUACAGUAUUUUACCACCUUUCAGCAUCAGUCUAAACCAGGCAGUUGUCAGAAUAGAUAUCUGGAUACUUGAUGGGGGUAGAGCAGCAGUGGGGAAACUGGCUUUCCCUGCACCGUUGGACUCCCAACAGCUGUUGUGCCUGAUGGCAGUCAAGGCCAACAAGUUUUCCAGCUCUAGUGUAGAGGUAUAGUUAUGAUUUACCUAAACCCCCUUGUUUACUAUUUUUCCAACUUACACAAGAUUCUAAACAGAGACAAGUCCAACAGGUUUCCUAUCUCUAGUGUAGAGGUAUAGCUAUGAUUUUAAACACGCUACAACCUUCAUUUAGGGUUUGGAAGAGGUAGAAAGAAAUCCUACUUCUGGCUUCCUGCAGAAACUGGAAUUAUUCAUAGUGGCAACCAGACACUUUUGCUUUAUAAAAAACCAUUUAGAACUUCAGUUUCAGUCAGUGGAACUUUGUCAGGGUUGCAUUUGCAGUUUGUAACAGAUGUAAUUUUCAACGUUGCUCCCUGUUAAUUGUCUUAAGUCGGGGACUCAAAUACAGCAGCUUAGCAGUUGCUCUGGUUGGCACUAAGGUAAUGGAGAGGGUAUGCAAAACUAAGCAGGUACUAUUUGCUUUUUGUGGAACUGCCUGCUGUGGGGAAAACCUUUGGAAUUUGGAACAAAUAGCCCACUGUGUCAGGGAUCAUGUCAGGAUAAAGGUACUCUGUAUGAUGGUUAAGUACUAAAGGCACAGUUCAAUUUUUGGCAGAAGUACCUCUUGGCCCGUUCUGUCAACUAUGAGUAGGAUCUUGUAGUCUGCUACAUGCUACAGGAGAUAUGUUCUAUCUGAAGAGAUGAUACCAAUUAUCUUCCCCCACUUAGGAAGAAAAUUGCACCCACCUACUGGUCUGAACUGCACAGUUAAGUAUUUCCAUUACAUUUCCCAGAUGGCUAGUGUCUGAAGAUAAAGAUGCUGUCUGCUGA